AUGUUUUAUUUGACGUGUGGCAUGUACAUCGUGGCAGUUGUUUUAGGCGAACUCGGGGCUCUCCUAUCACAUGAAAAGAAAAUGAUGCUUCCCGCCUGGUAUCCUUUUGAUUGGCAGCACUCUACCUGGAAAUAUUUUAUUGUCCACCUGCACCAAAGUGUAGCUCUCAUAUUAUAUGUAUUGCAGAAUGUUUCCAAUGAUACUUUUCCUGCCAUUUACAUGCUUGUACUCAAAAGUCAUGUGAAAACUCUUAACAUUCGUAUCAGGAGGUUGGGCCUGGACACAACUGAGUCCUCACAAGUCACCUGUGCAGAAUUGAUUCAGUGUAUUCAGGACCAACAAAUGCUAGUGGAGUAUUUCCACACGGUCCGCAAAGCCACUUCAGCUGCAAUUUUCCUUCAGUUUUUCGUCACUGGGAUGGAAGCAUGCAUCAUUGCUGUUUGUGUAUUUUUUGUCGAAAAUAACUUAUUUGAAACAAUAUUUUUCGCAGAAUACUUUUUAUGCGUAAUCCUAGAAAUAUUCCUUUACUGUUAUUUUGGAGAGCAACUUGCGAGCGAAAGCGAUCGGAUGACUGAAGCUAUUUAUUCAUGCAAUUGGAUGGGACAGGACAGAAGGUUCAAACAGAAUUUGAUAAUAUUCAUGCAAUCAACUCAAACAAAUAUGACCAUCAUUGCUGGUGGAAUUUUCAAAGUGAAUUUGUCAACCUUUGUCACGGUUCUGAAAAGCCCAUAUUCGCUGUUCGCAGUAUUGACGAGUAGGACGUGAAAUGUAGUUACAUUUUCGCGGAUAUAUAUUUCUC